AUGGCUGCUCAAACGCUUGAUUCCCUUCAAAUGAAAAAAAAAGAGAAUCAAUAUAUCGAAGUUUCAAAUAUUUCACAAGAUUCUCUUCCAAAUGAAGAACAGAUUCAAUACAUCGAACUAUCAAAUGUUUCACAGGUUAACCACAAUGAUACGAACAUAAACACCGCUAAAAAUGACAUUUUAAAAGAGCUUCGUGAAAUAAAAGAGCAAAUGCAGAAAAGUGAGGAGUCAAACAAAAAAAUUGUUACCAAGUUAACCGAGGAAAUAAUAUCGUUAAGGAAAGAAGUAACGCAAUUAAAAGCACGCGACUUGUUUGAAACAGACAGCUCACUAUUGCCAUCCUUGCCAUUUUGGGAAUUAACUACUUUAAAGGAUUUUGACGAAAAAUUGUUUUUGGACGACAAGAUGAGAGCUCAGUUGAAAUGCGUGGUACAAAAAAUUGGAGGAGAAGAAGUUCCUGUAUUCGUACGUUUAGCGUUAAAACAAAUUGAGUCGGAUGAGUUGGCAAUUAAUUUAACUUGGCGUGAGACAUCGGAGAAGCCAAGCAUACAAAACUUUGCAGUUUUUGCCAUCAUAAAAGGUUUAAAAUAGUAUAUGUUUGUAAUUAGCAAUGCUUAUAUAUAACUAAGAUUCAUUUUUUUAUUUUUCCCAGACACUCCAAGUUCCAAAAUUCGACAGAUUUUAAAAUUAAUGAAAUUGUCCAACAACAUUUCUUACACGCCAGGGAUAGAGUGCUCAAACGCAAACUUUCAAGUGAAAAUACACGCGGAAAUUUACGCCUCUGCAAUUAGUUCCUUAACUCGUAUACUUAACUAAAUAAUGUUAACAAAUUAUACUUAACUAUUUAAAAAUUUUAAACA